UCUCCCCGGACCCUGCAUUCACUAUAUCUGGUCUCCCCGGACCCUGCAUUCUCUAUAUCUGGUCUCCCCGGACCCUGCAUUCACUAUAUCUGGUCUCUCUGGACCCUGCAUUCACUACAUCUGGUCUCCCCGGACCCUGCAUUCUCUAUAUCUGGUCUCCCCGGACCCUGCAUUCACUAUAUCUGGGUCUCCCAGGACCCUGCAUUCACUAUAUCUGGUCUCCCCAGACCCUGCAUUCACUAUAUCUGGUCUCCCAGGACCCUGCAUUCACUAUAUCUGGUCUCCCCGACCCUACAUUCACUAUAUUUGGUCUCCCACAGUACACAGAACAUGGAA